GAAAGAGAGAGAGAGAGACAUUCAUGAAUCUUUUUUUUUUGUACAGAAACAAGAACAAGUUUCAGAAUCUGGUCUGACUCUUUGUUAACCUUUCCCCAUUUAAGUUUCAUCGUAUUCGUACGUAUUUAAAUCUUCCAUUUCGUUGCCAGUGUUGGAAUCUCCGCUCUCGCUUGAUUAUUAUUAUCAAAGGGAUCUAGCUAGUAAUGUUCGAUCGACGUUUGUUAUCUCGUUCAAAGAAGCUGUGAUCUGAUAAUGAUGAUGAUGAUCCUAAAGCAGAUCUCCGGCUGAUCAUCCUCUGUUUUUGUUUUACAUUGAGCAACACCCAGAAGAAAUAAGAGUUGGAGUUUUGUUCAUAAAGAAUGGCGUUCAAUGCGGCUAUGGCGUCUACAUCUCCAGCGGCAGCGAAUGACGUUUUGAAAGAGCAUAUCGGCCUCCGUAGAUCUUUAUCGGGUCAAGAUCUCGUCGUGAAAGGUGGUGGAAUACGGCGAUCGAGUUCGGACAAUCAUUUGUGUUGUCGCUCCGGUAAUAAGAACCGAAUUCUUGCUGUGUCUGUACGUCCUUCUGGUCCAGGGAUGAAAACUAGUCGAUCUGUUGGAGUGUUCUCGUUUCAGAUAUCGAGUGCCAUAAUCCCGAAUCCGAUUAAGACGUUGCUAUUUGAAACGGACACGAGUCAAGACGAGAAUGAGAGUGAUGAGAUUGAGCUUGAGGCUGAGCCUAAUAUAGAUGGAGUCAAGAAGGCGAAUUGGGUCGAGAGGCUGCUUGAGAUAAGACGACAGUGGAAGAAGGAGCAAAGAUCCGAGAGUGGUGGAAAUGGUGAAGUUGCAGAGGAAAGUGUCGAUGUUAUGUGUGGUUGUAAAGACGAAGACGCCGGUUGCGUUGCAGAUUACGGAUCUGAAAACGGUGAUUGGGAACGUGAAUCGUUCUCUAGAUUGCUUGUAAAGGUUUCUUGGUCUGAGGCUAAAAAGCUUUCUCAGUUGGUGUAUCUGUGUAACUUGGCUUACACGAUACCAGAGAUCAAGGGAGAGGAUUUGAGGAGAAACUAUGGGUUGAAGUUUGUGACAUCUUCCUUGGAAAAGAAAGCCAAAGCAGCUAUACUUAGAGAGAAACUCGAGCAGGAUUCGACACGUGUCCCUGUUAUUACAUCUUUAGAAUCAGAAUCCAAGAAGCAACCUCAACGAUCGUCUUCAUCUUCUGCUUCUGCUUACAAUAUCGCUGCUUCAGCUGCGUCUUACAUUCACUCAUGCAAAGACUAUGAUUUUUCAGAACCGAACAAUCUGGUUUAUAAAUCAGCUGCUGCGGCUCAGGCUGCAGCGUCUACAAUGACCGCGGUGGUUGCUGCCGGUGAGGAGGAGAAGCUAGAAGCGGCAAGGGAAUUGCAGUCGCUACAGUCAUCUCCUUGUGAGUGGUUUGUUUGUGACGAUCCAAACACAUACACUAGGUGCUUUGUGAUUCAGGGAUCUGAUUCUUUAGCUUCUUGGAAAGCAAACCUCUUCUUCGAGCCAACUAAGUUUGAGGAUACAGAUGUAUUAGUCCACAGAGGAAUCUAUGAGGCAGCGAAAGGAAUAUACGAACAGUUCUUACCCGAAAUAACAGAGCAUUUGUCUCUACACGGAGAGAGAGCUAAGUUUCAGUUUACAGGUCAUUCUCUUGGAGGCAGUCUCUCAUUAAUAGUGAAUCUGAUGCUUAUCUCUAGAGGACUUGUUAGCUCCGAAGCUAUGAAACCGGUUGUCACGUUCGGUUCACCAUUUGUGUUUUGUGGUGGGGAGAAGAUUCUAGCGGAGCUUGGUCUUGACGAGAGUCAUGUUCACUGUGUGAUGAUGCAUAGAGAUAUUGUCCCACGAGCCUUCUCGUGUAAUUAUCCUGACCAUGUUGCUCUUGUUCUCAAGCGUUUGAAUGGGUCAUUCCGUACACAUCCUUGUCUGAACAAAAAUAAACUGUUGUAUUCCCCGAUGGGGAAAGUAUUUAUUCUACAGCCGAGUGAGAGCGUGUCGCCGACGCACCCUUGGCUACCACCGGGAAAUGCUCUCUACGUUAUAGAAAAGAGCAACGAAGGUUAUUCGCCUACGGCAAUACGUGCGUUUCUGAACCGUCCUCACCCGCUGGAAACACUGAGCCAACGGGCAGCUUAUGGUUCGGAAGGAUCAGUCUUGAGGGACCACGACUCCAAAAACUACGUCAAGGCCGUGAACGGAGUUCUCCGACAGCACUCGAAGCUCAUAGUUAGAAGAGCCAGGAUACAGAGGAGGAGUGUUUGGCCGGUGCUUACGUCAGCAGGACGUGGAUUGGACAGGAGCUUGACGACUACUGAGGAGAUCAUGACACGUGUCUAAUGAGGGAAAAAAGUAAAUAAAUCUACGGUUGUAUAUAAAGCGGAAUCUAACUUCCGAUUAUGCGUUUGUUUACAUUUAAUUGUGUUAAGCCAAAACGAGUUAAUAAAAAAUGUUGUAAAGACGUAAACUAAUUUUUUUUUUGUCGAUAGGUUAAACAAAAUAUAUAAAACGGGAGCUAUAAGUUUUCACGAA